AUGGCCGCAGAUGCGCCAGCGCUGGACGGGCGCCGCCGUUGGCUACUGCCAUUUAUUUUCCUAGCAGUGAUUACGGUAGCUGUUGUGAUUGCUGUCACGCUAGUGGUGGUGCUUGUCGAUAGGAGCAAACCGCAUGCUCCUUCCGCCAUCCCAUACCGCGUCACUUUCUCGUUGUACCAGAUCGACAAGCCCCAGAAGCAAAUUCUAGCCGAGCUAGAAGCUGACGAUCCGGAUUCUGGAUGCUAUUAUUUGGAUGAUACAAAAGAAAUCAUCAAAAGCACGCUCGAUGGCCUGGGUGACGAAGCGGAAGUGGCUUUUCUUACUUAUGGACAGGCUGAAAAUUCCGUAGCCAUGACCGGAAUGAUGUCAAGAAGCGAUUCGAUGACUCAUCUAGACACCAUCCCCGCCCUGGCUGGCGUGAAACAAGCCAAUGAGCUAGCCGCCAUGAACCUCUAUUCAAACAAAAAGACGAAAAGCGAGCUCGUCUACUUUGUCCCAUGCGAUGAAAUGCGAAUGCCCGAUAACCUGAACACCAUGUUUUCCGACGGACUAUUCAUCAAAAAACUGAUCCUCGUCUCUGGCCAGCUUUCGAAAGAGAAUAUGACCACUAUCUAUGGCAUCGGCGGAGGAGAGAAGAACGACACUGUCUAUAUCGAUAAGCAAGUGAAAAAGGAGGAUGUUUCGAAGGAACUGCAGCACGAUCUGCCAUCCACGGCGGUUACAACUGCCGCCCCGUCGACGUCCGUAACGCCCCGGACAAUACAACAUACU